GUUUGUGUGGAUCAUUCACGACGUGCCAAACCCGUUAUGUGUACUGAAACCUCGCGAAACCAGCAGAAACACGUCUUCAACGGCAUAUUAGUCUGAUCUGCGUCAGAAGAAUGGCAGCUCAGAAAAAUAAACACGGACUCAUGGCUAUCAAAGAGUUAGAGAAUAUUCUGGACACAUGUAAACUUGAUCUGAAUCCAGUCGACGAGGUCUGGCCGAAUUUGUACAUCGGAAACGUGGCUAUUGCUCAAAACAGAAAUGCUUUGAUGAAAAUGGGUAUCACUCAUGUCUUAAAUGCUGCCCAUUCCAAGCAAGGGAGCAUUGGGGACCAGAGUUAUUACGGCAAUACAAUUGUGUAUUAUGGCAUCCCAGCAGAAGACUCUUCAUCAUUUGAUCUGAGUGUGUACUUUAAACCGGCUGCUGAUUUCAUCCACAAAGCCUUGAGGAAGAAGAACGGAAAAGUGCUUGUUCAUUGCAUCAUGGGAAUGAGUCGUUCUGCCACUCUGGUUCUAGCAUACCUUAUGCUGCAUCGGCGUCUUACUCUCCGCACUGCCAUCCAAACAGUUGUACUGCGACGAGCAGUCUAUCCUAACAGGAACUUUUUGACCCUUCUCUUGGAUUUGGACAUACAGCUACAGAGAAAGCGAAUGCUGUGUCCUAUUCUCUGACAGAAAAACAUAUGUCAUGAACACACAAACGCACAUGCAUUUAUUUUAUAUAACUAAAGGGUGAGGAGGUAUGUUUACAUUACUUAUUUGUAUAUAUAUAUAUAUAUAUAUAUAUAUAUAUAUAUAUAUACACACACACACACACAGGCCACUUUAUUAGGUACACCUUGCUAGUACCAGGUUGGACCCCCCUUUGCUUUAAUUCUUCGUGAAAUAGAUCAACAAGGUGUUGGAAAUAUUCCUCAGAGAGUUUGGUCUAUAUUAACAUGAUAGCAUCACGUAGUUGCUGCAGAUUUGUGGAGGAAUGGGAGAUCCAUGAUGCAAAUCUCCCAUUCCUCAUCAUCCCAAAGUUGCUCUAUUGGAUUGAGAUCUGGUGACUGUGGAAGCUAUUUUAGUAAAGUAUACUCAUUGUCAUGUUCAAGAAACCAGUCUGAGAUGAUUUGAACUUUGGGAUAUGGUGCAUUAUUCUGCUGGAAGUAGCCAUCAGAGGAUGGGUACACUGUAGUCCACACAACUGCCGCUCACUGGAUAUUUUCUCUUUCGGACCAUUCUCUGUAAACCCCAGAGUUGGUUGUGUGUGAAAAUCCCAUUAGAUCAGCAGUUUUUGAAAUACUCAGACAAACCAUCUGGCACCAACAACCAUUCCACGUUCAAAGUUAAUUAAAUCCCCUUUCUACCCCAUUCUGAUGCUCGGUUUGAACUUGAACGGUUUUAAACAUCUUCACCACAUCUAGAUGCUUAAAUGCGAUAAGUUGCUGCCAUGUGAUUGGCUGAUUAGCAAUUUGUUUUACCAAUUUAUCAAUUUAUCUUUUUUUUUUUCGGACUAUAAGUCGCGCCUGAGUAUAAGUCGCAUCAGUCCAAAAAUAUGUCAUGAUGAGGAAAAAAACAUAUUUAAGUCGCACUGGACUAUAAGUCACAUUUAUUUAGAACCAAGAGAAAACAUUAUCGUCUAAAGCCGCGAGAGGGCGCUCUAUGUCUUCAGUGUAGACUACAGGAGCACUGAGCAGCAUCUCUGGCAGUAUAGAGCGCCCUCUCGCGGCUGUAGACGGUAAUGUUUUCUCUUGGUUCAUGCCUCUUAGUUAAUUUUUCUUGGUUCAUGUCAAAUUAAUUUUGAUAAAUAAGUCGCACCUGACUAUAAGUUGCAGGACCAGCCAAACUAUGAAAAAAAGUGCAACUUAUAGUCCGUAAAAUACGAUAUAUAUAUAUAUAUAUAUAUAUAUAUAUAUAGCUAUAUAUUGAAUUUUAUUAAAUAGUUUAAGAAUUUACCUAUAAAACACUUUAAUAUUGAAUGAAAGCUUUAAAUAUUGACUUAAGAAAUGUUUAACUUAACUGACAUAUAUUAACAUGGGCGACUUUGAUGUUCAAUGUAGUGUAAAUAAAGUAAAUGAGAAUGUUUGUUUAUAUUAAAGUUGCAGCUACUGUAUAUGACCGACAGCAAACAAGUGCCACAUGCUCCAAUAAUAUUUAACAGUGGAGUCAGCAUUCAGCGUAGCAUGCCAAAUUAAGCAGUAUUAAAUUAUUGAAUUAUGGUUUAUUAUUCAGCUGCAGAGAAAACCCACACUGUGAGCAGUAUUAGCUUUUACAUUGCUUUUGGCAGUGGCAUUUGGAGAAAUAUGCAGGCCAAGCACAACACUCUUCUGUUGACUCGAUCCUAAAAGCCUUGUUUAAAUGACUGAGCACCAUUCGCUGUUUUAAUUUUAGUGCACCUUUUUGUUUCAAUAGCAGAAUAAUGUUUCAUUCAGCUUGUUGAUUCACAGAAUUAUAUUGGAGGAUAUUUUAUGGUGAAUAAAUGCACAGUUUUGUUCAAUGUACUACUGUAUACUUACAUUUAAUUGCACAUUAUACUCAAUUAACCAUGAGCAGGAUUAAUAUUGAAUUUGUUUUACUGUUAGAUAUAUGUUGGCCUAUGUUAAGUAUUUCUGAAAGUGUAACAACUGCAAUAGUGGAUUUACAUUCAGAUGUUUCAUAGAAACAAGGUGCCAAAUAUACUGAUUAUUCAUAUGUAUGUGUUCAAAUAAAAUAAAAGUGGAAGUUCUUUUUUAUAUAUACUUGUAUUCUCAUAAUAGUUGUGAACAAACUAAAUCCAAUUUCUACAAUUAAAAAAAGUUUUAUGGUAUGUAAUAUAUUUCUAUUGAUUUAUUUCGCUUUCAGAUAGAUAUUCUAUGGAAAGCGACAUGCUCCUCCCACUGCAAAUAAUAUAACUUAAUGUAUGUGUAUGUGUAUAUAAACUGUAAAUGACCCUGUCUAUAAUACGA